AUGCUAAAGAAAAGUGGAGCAAAUUCCUAUGAACAGUUUAGAACACUGAGUAUACUAACACAAGUCUCAAAAAUCUUAACGAAAAUAAUAAAUCGAAGAAUAGAAGAAAAAGUGAAAACAAAGCUAACAGAACUAAAUAUUGGAAUCAAAACUGGCGGAGAAAUUAUUUCAAUGAUACGUUUUACAGAUGACAUUGUGGUAAUAGCAAAGAGUGAAGGUGAUAUACAGCGUGCAGUUGAUGAAAUUAAUGAAAUUCUCAGAACAUGAAAAUGAACAGUGGAAAAAACGAUUUUAAUUCGUGCUAAUGACCCGAAAAUAAAAGCUGAUGUAUACAUAGAUAGUCAAAAACUAGAGCAAGUAGAAGAAAUGGCAUACUUAGGAAGCAAAAUCAUAUCUGAUGAUAAGAGCGUCUGAGAGAUAAAACAACGUAUAGCAUUAGCAAAAACUGGCUUUAGUAAAAAUCAUAAAUUGUUGACUUCAAAAAAGUUAUAUCUCAAUAACAAGAAAAGUCUUAUUAAAACACAUGUUUGGAAUGUUGCAACAUAUGGAUUUGAAACAUGGGUAAUAAAUGAUACCGAAAAUAAAAAAUUAAAAGCCUUUGAAAUGUGGUGUUGGAGGCGUAUGGAAAGGACAAAUUGGCUAGAACGGAAAACAAAUGAAGAAAUACUUAGAACUGUGGAAGAAGAAUGUAUACUCAUAGAUGCGAUUAGAGCAAGGCGUUGGAAAAUGGACAUGCCCUGA